GCUGUGCAAGGUUCAAGACGUGAAAAAAUGGCAUUGGCAGCAAUUGAUCCACAGCAGAACAUUGUAUCAAGGGUUGCCAACCUUCCUUUGGUGAGCUCCACCUAUGAUAUGGUGUCCACAGCUUACAUCACCACAAAGGAUAAUCAUCCUUAUCUGAAGUCAGUAUGUGAGAUAGCAGAGAAAGGAGUGAAGACGAUUACAUCAGUAGCCAUGACAAGUGCUAUGCCUAUCAUUCAGAAACUGGAACCACAAAUUGUAGUUGCCAACAACUAUGCUUGUAUAGGUCUAGACAAAAUUGAAGAGAGACUGCCUAUAUUGAAUCAACCCACCGACAAGGUUGUUGCCAAUGCCAAGGAUGUAGUUGUUGGAGCCAGAGACGCUGUAACAACCACUGUGACUGGUGCCAAGGAAACUGUUGCUCACACAAUCACUGGAGUUGUGGGCAAGACUAAAGAAGCAGUGCAAGACAGCGUAGAAAUGACCAAGUCAGUUGUCAAUGGCAGCAUUAACACUGUCCUGGGAAGUCGUGUGGUGCAAAUGGUGAGCAGCGGUGUGGACAGUGCUCUCACAAAAUCAGAGACCCUUGUGGACCAGUAUCUUCCACUUACAGAAGCAGAACUAGAGAAAGAAGCUGCAAAUGUUGAAGGCUUUGAAGUGGGAGUCCAAAAGCCAAGCUACUACGUUAGACUAGGAUCCUUGUCUUCAAAGGUCCGUGCACGUGCCUACCAACAAGCCUUAAACAAAGUUAGAGAUGCUAAACAGAAAAGCCAGGAGACAAUCUCUCAGCUCAAUUACACUGUUAGUCUGAUCGAGUAUGCCAGAAAGAACGUGAAUAGUGCCAAUAAGAAACUUCUUGGUGCUCAGGAAAAGCUUUAUCAGUCCUGGGUAGAAUGGAAGAAAAACACAGGCCAAAGUGAUGGUGAUGAUCUGCGUAGUGCUGAGCACAUUGAGUCAAGAACUCUAGCUAUUGCACGGAGCCUCACUCAGCAGCUUCAGACCACCUGCCUCACACUGGUCUCAAGCCUACAGGGCCUGCCACAGAAUGUACAGGAUCAGGUUUACAGUGUUGGGUCAAUGGCAGGUGAUGUCUACCAGAGCUUUCGGUCAGCAUCCUCCUUCCAAGAAUUAUCAGACAGCUUUAUUGCAGCCAGCAAAGGACAGCUGAAGAAAAUGAAGGAGACUCUGGAUGAUGUGAUGGAUUAUCUUGUUAACAACACACCGCUCAACUGGCUGGUAGGUCCCUUUUACCUACAACUGCCUGGCAUUCAGCAUGCUGAAAGCAAAGGUGAAGGGGAGGAAAGUGCCAGCCAGAAAGACAAACAGCCUGAACACACUACUGAAUAAACUGCGUAGCAAGCAUGUACUCUGCUGACUGACCAAAUAAGUGGCCUUACUAAGUGUAGCUGUCAAAAAAAUCCAUUUUCAUCAUUUUUUGGUGAACAGUCUAUAAAUACAGGAAUAGGGGAAUCUACAGGCCAGGAAACUUACACAUGGGCUGUAUUGUCCUGUGUAGUUAAGCCAUCCUUAAAAAUUUAAACUAAACUCAAGCGCCUAAUUAUGGGCAGCUGACAGUUGUCAAGAUGCCCUGUUUGUCUGUCAAGCCCUCAUUGUUUUUCAGUGGUAUUAAUACUAUUAAUACUGUUAGUCUAAAUGAAAUCCACCAUAGCUUUGAUUUGCUGCUUAAUUUCUCCCAGAAUGAUACGAAAGCCUUACAUACUAUGAAUGCAUUUAAAAGUUCUACAGUCUAACUGUUUACAGUUAAAUGCUAUGAUUGCUUCAGAUCACACUUUUGAUAAUUGUGCAUCUGACUAUCUCAGAUUCUAUUGCUACAUAAUUCAUGACAAAAGUUCUGUGAGUAUAGAAUGCCAAAGCUGAAAGUGGGGUUUCUGAAUGAGUCAGCUGGAGUUAAAUGCUGUUACAGUUUUAACAUUAACUGUAUAAACUUAAGUAUUGUAUAACACAAUAACUUGACCACAGAAUUAUAGAAUAUUUCAAGCUGGAGUGGACCCAUAAGUUUGACUCCUGCUCCUUGCAGGACUACCUAAAAACUGAAAAAUUAAACCUUAUGACUAAAAGCAUCAUCUAGAUGCUUCAUGAGCACUGUUCCAGUGACUGACCAAAUAAUUAUAAACAAUUUUUUUUAAUAUGCAGUAUAAAAGAAGAUUCAUGCUGUUUGUACCCAGGUGCCUGCUGUUGUGAGUGUGUGUUUUUGUAGCCAUUGUUUUGUAACUCAUUUUUGUAUGUUAGUAAUAAAUGCUUUAGUUGCCAAAGCCUGUCUCCUUUGUUUUAAAACAGUCUAACUUGCUCUUCUGUGACUCCCUCAAACUGGGUCCAGCAGAAAGCAAGUUUGGCAUGCAGAUGAAGUAGAUGUGCAUUGAAAAUGUGUGUGUAUGUAUUGAUAGAUAGAUGAGAUUCUGCUGCAGCAUUUCCUUCCUUUUGGAUUUCUGUGUAUCUGUCCAGUGAGUCUUAGCUUUACUGAUGCUUUUGUUGAUCCUUGCUGUUGUCACCUUUAAAGAUGACCUAAGCUGUGAGCUGAUGAAUGUUCUAAUAUUGAAAAGAGAUGGAUAUGGAGAAAAGAAUCCUCUCCCCCCUUCA